AUGAGGCCUCUUUCAGACAUUCGAGAGCUCACGGAACCAAGUUUAGUUGACGCCCUCGAAAAGAGACCGUCUGCGAGCGUCCAUCGCCAACCUAGCAUUACCAGGCAAAGCUCGCUUAGAAGAGGCCCUUCGUUGAAGCGUGCUGGCUCAGUCAGGAUCGUCGAGCCAAUUGGGAGCUCCAGCUCAAGUUACAGAGAAGAUAUGAUGGCAUCAGAAUCAACCAUCGACACACCGGAAAGUCUGCGAGAUGGCUCAAGUCUAUACAGUAUACCUAUCUCGAGCAUACCCGCUCGGCAAUCUUCCAACAUCCGAGAACGACCGAGACAUCAUCGAAGUACAACAUCCAGGUCAUCCCCUACUCCCCUCCAACGGAACGCCAGUCGCACAAUUCCAUACCGAGGCACAAGUCAUUCUCCGGUCAAGCAAGUUAGAGCCCGCUUGGACGCUGUAGGGUCUGACACCUCGAGACGAGUACCGUCUGGGACAUUUAUCCGCAAUCCAGUUCCACGCGACAUACUCGAGUUCCCUACUCAUCGUCAUCCUCGCAUCGGCGUCGAUUUGCAGAUAGGAGCACCUCUCUUUGUUGGCGGAGGCACAGUCGAAGGCUAUGUCAGAGUCAUAGUCGACGAGGCAGACAAACCACGAAACAAGAAGAGCCUGACACUUGGAAGGAUAGCGGUAGAUCUUGUCGGAACCGAAGAGACGUCGAGCAAUCGCAAGGCAAUCUUCUUAUCUUUGGGUACAGAGCUGAUCGACUCGACUCAUCCACCUCCUCGUAAUAUGGUAGAACCACAAGACUUUCCGGACGAUGAUUGCUUUUGGUCUCUCAUACCCUCUUUCACCAGUCUACCAUUCGUCAUCAGCUUGCCCCUGGACACAGGUCCUCCUCCGUUCCAUUCAAAGCAUGCUCGCAUCCGGUUUGUGCUUUGUGCAACCGUUUUGAUCAAAGACGGAGGCAGACAAUAUUUGGUCCGAUGCUCUGAGGAUAUUUCUGUACUACCAACAUAUGACCCAGAGAAGGCUUUGAGAUCGUUGCCAAGUCCGCUGACUGCCUCCGACGAGCAAUCUUUCUCACGGUCCGGUCUGCUUGAGACAGCAAAAAUAACGGCGGGCCUACAUCGACAAGUAUGGGUUAGCGGUAGCAGCAUUUUUGUCGACAUCCACAUUGCCAACGGUAGCCGCAAGACUAUCAAAAAACUUGAGUUGAGCUUAGAAAGGGACAUCUUGUGUUACAGACAUGCAGCAGCAGCUACUCUGGAACAAUCGGCCAGUCAAGCCAGAAUAUUCGAGAGCAACGAACGAUCAAUAUUGAGCAAGCAUACCAUGAAGCAAGGUGCAAAUGGAUGGACUGGUGUUGAGGCAUAUGGAUCCAUCACAAGGACGUGCGACCUUGAGAUACCAAGAGGACACGCUACUGUGAAAUGCGGCAAUUACUUCGAGGUCCGAUAUUUUCUCAACAUUACCAUUGGCGGCUUUCACAGAAAGAUGUUGUCUGUUCAACUACCCAUCAUUGUCAUUCACAUGAAUUCGUUAGACGUCCUCCCAAACUCAGUUGCACAGGUUGCUGCAGCGAUCGAAGAGAAGCGCUCACAUCAUCGCAGCCAUAGACGGACCGCGUCUCAAGCCUCUGCCCAAUCGAAACCUUCUCGAUUGCAAGGCCGUGCAUUUGCAGCCCCAAGACAACAAUCCCUGGAGCGUAUGCGUGCCUCAGCAGCAGACCUCAGACAGCUCGAAGAAGAAUUGGAAUCUUCACCACGAAAGCAUCAAAUUUCAUCCAACAACGGAAUGAUGGAGUAUAUCACGCCACCCUCGAAGCGCAAAGAGAAGUUCUUCUCCUCUCCUCUCAGAGGCGAGGGCAAGAACGUAGGCUCAGCUCUCAAACAUGUCCGCAGUAUCGACAGCUUCCGCAGUCACAAAUCGACGACGACUAGAUGGCGUGACCACUUCGGCAAGGAUAAGGAAGGUCCACCACCUCGACCUCCCCCUCCUCCACCAUCUGGUCCUAUCACAGAGACCAGAGCCAUGAUACAGCAACAACAUGCGUCGGCACCAUACAUGCUAGGACUGGUGAACUCAGCACCACUCAGGCCGAACAGGAGCUCCCUUGACCAAGGGAUUAGAGAUCAGCGAAACGAACACAUAAGGUUGCCCGACAAGAGCAGAUUUGAGUUCAAGGCUGUCACGAGAAAGAGCAGUGGAUUAGGCUUGAAAAGUUGGCUCGGAGAAAGAUUGGGUCGUUCGAGUCACUGAAGAUGAGCACGAGAACGAUGUUGUCGUUGAAUCCAAAGAAGGGAGUGUAGGAAUAAGGAGUUCGAAGGGCAACGUGAGCAUUCAUGUUAAAGUCGGAAGGUUAGCUAUGUUUAGCAAAGCAUGGCAACACGUACACGAUCACUGUAUACCUACUCGAAGCCAUCUGACGACAUUCUCACCAUUCCACAUUGAUUCAACACCAUUCAGAUGGCAGAUGGGAGACACGCAAUGGAGAGGAACACAGUCAAUUCUGAUUGAUCAUGUACCAAAAGAACAAAAACUACGCCGAUCCCCAUGCUGCUGGCUUGACCAGUAAAAACGAAUGCUUUGAAGAUAAUAUGCACCCAGUGUUCCCUUGCCCAUAGCGCCCAUUCUCUCAUCGAAGCCUGUAACUCCUGAUGGGGAAUUCAAAACGCCACCUUGAUGCAGUUCGCAUUCGCAAUAUUACAGUUGUAAAACAACACUCCCCUCUCGUCGCCAAAAGA